CCUGCGAGGCUGGCAUGUCUGUCAGAGAGGAGACUCAGAGGAGCGUGGACGCGGACAGCGCAGGACGCAGAAUGGAGGGUCAGUGCCGGUCGUCUCAGAAGUACCUGCUGCUCCAUGUGUGGUGCGGACUCCUCACCAUGGCCCUGGUCAUCAUGGCCGCCUUUGUCGCGUCCAUCAAACCAAAAUCUGAGCCGCCCAGCGGCUCCCAGGAAAACCCUGCAGCAGUCAGCGCUCGCUUUUCCCCAGAGGGACUUGCUGGAAAGUCGUCUUCCUAUAUUCAACUGGAAACACACUUUAGUAAAGACUCGUGGGUGGAACGCGUGUCCUGUGGGUCCUGCUCCCUGUCCCUGCAGCAGGACUCCAUCUGCUUCAACAGCAGCCGCCCUGAGAGCUCCCACUUCUUCUUCUACGCCCAGGUGGUCUUCAGGAAGAACCAGAUGCACAAACUUCGCCCUUCUGUGAUGUUGAUAAGAAAUGCCUCUGAAAAUCCAAAGAAGGAGGAGAUGGUUUUGGCGUCUGUCUCGGCGGCGGGCGAGUCGGUCUGGUUGGGGAAGAUGGUGAUUCUGACCGAAGGCGACAGCGUGAGGCUGAACAUCACAGGAGAAUUUCUCCGAGGCGAUUCGUUCUGGGGAGCUUUCCAGCUCCAUUAACGCGCCAGGACCGGCAGUCCUGCUACAACUUGUGACCCGUCCAUCCAUGUGGUUUGAUUUGUUUCCCCAAAAACAUUUGUGAAGUAUUUCCAUCCCUCCUGUGGCCGACAUGGAACACUAACUCCAUCAGACAUGUUUAAAUGCAGAUUUUACUCCUACUUGUUGAACAACAGGCUCUUCCUCUCAGGCCUUUUGGUUUAGUGAACUUCAUCCUCAGUUUGAAGCCAGCAGAAAGUUUCAAUGCCAACUGUGAAUGGGCCAUAAAAACCUCCUCCAUUUUUCUUAUUUUGCAACUUUUCUGUGUGUUUUAUAAUUUAUAAUUAAAUAUUUUAUUGUGGUUGUUAAACAGAAAACUAAUAAAAUUUAUUCUUAUUAUAAGUCA